AUCUCCGACGACAGACACGCACGAUACGAGACACAAGAAUAGACAAAAGCGAGGGCCGAUUGAACGAUAGACCCCCAACCCACCACGACCAGACAGGGGAGCUUGCGGAGCAUCACAUCAGGGCAUCAAGGAACUACCGGCAAGACGACCACGACACCCGGACGACAACAAUCAUGAGCUACUACUUCGCCAUCAUUGGCACCCAAGAUAACCCGCUCUUCGAGUAUGAAUUUGGCACCAGCAAACAAGGCGGCGACGGCAUGGCUCGCUUCACGGAACAAGCGCGACAGCUCAACCAAUUCAUCAUCCACAGCAGUCUGGACAUUGUCGAAGAAGUCCAAUGGACCAACGGGCAGAUGUACCUCAAACUAGUCGACCGCUUCUUCACCUCGUACAUCUCCUGCUUCCUAACCGCCUCCAACAUCAAAUUCCUCCUAUUGCACCAACCCCCCUCCUCCUCGUCCUCCUCUGCCCUCCCCCACCCUUCUUCCUCCGCCUCCUCUUCGACCCCCUCUCUAGUUUCGUCCUCCCACCACCCUCCAUCAUCAACCUCUGUAAUCCCUUCUCUGUCUACGCUCACUGGUGGCUCCAACUCUUCCACCAGCACCCUGACCGGGGGCACCAGCCGGACCUCGACCUCGAUAGCAGCCAACCCCACCUCCCCACAAACCGAAGAAGCGAUACGGAAUUUCUUUGCCGAGGUGUAUGAGAAUUACGUGAAAGCCAUCAUGAGCCCGUUUUACAGGACGAACAUGGAGAUUCGGAGCCCGGUUUUUCGGGCGAGGGUGGCGGCUGCGGGGAGAAAGUAUUUGUAGGACAGAUACGAGGGUAGCAAGGGAGGUGGGGUGACAGCUGGGAGGGUGGUAAGGUG